UUUGGAAGUGGUCCUAACAGACUUAAUGGCUCAAAUAGUGUUGCUUUUUUGUUCUAAUGAUCCAUCACAGAGGACAGCCUGCCAGCUCUAUUGAGUUCAAUGGCUUCUGGUGACAAAGGAAAGAAAGGCACCCUCUUUCAAGCGUGCGGAAAGUAUUUUGUCACCAAGACAACUCCGGCAACAAGCUGUCACCCUGGCUACAGCUUGGAAAUGGGACCUUGGAUUUGAAAAAUACUACAAAACAAUCCGCUGUGGGAAAGGAACAAGAUGCCCUUUGCCUUGUGUGCCCAGUUAAAGUGAACCCUACAAAGGGCUCCCAGAGGCCAAAGGCAAGUGAGGGGAAGAGGUCUUUUCACUGUGUUCCUGGCCUGGUGCAGAGGUAGGAGGAACUUCUUGUGAGCCAAUUUCCUUAUUGGGAAUUAAAAAUUAGGGUUUUUUUUUCAUCUGCCAGCCCUGGGGUAUGAUACAAUUACAAGAACAGCUUUUGUAUUUAGUAUAUUAGAAAGAGGGAGCAUAGGUAUGAAAAGAUGCUGAGAGAGGAAACUGACACUGGUUCGGAGAGCAAGAAUAAAAUUAAAAUGUUCCUAACAUCGCAAAUGGCUAAAAAAGCUACUAACUAGCUAUUCACAUGUAUAGUAACCAUUUCUUGAAACUGCUAUUCAUUUCACAUAGUAAAUAUUUAAUGUAAACAGCUCUAGCAGUUUCCACCCUGCCAUUUCAAAACUAGAGGGUCAGGAUGAAACCAUCCUCAUAAUCCAAUGUAGGAGAGGGGAUGUGCAAAAAGGAAAGGGAUUGUGACCGUUCUUACAAACUUUGGAGAUUAUGGGCAUGCAGUUUCUAUAGAUGUAGAAGAGAUACUAUAGAUACAAUGGAAAAGCUCAAAGUGACAGCAAAACUGUUAAGUGCUGGACCUUGCUCUGCCUUUGGAGCAAACUUCAGUUGCAGGCAGAUCAGAGCACCAGAUGUGCAUCAACUAUAUGCUUCAACAUGCCUUAAUACAACCAAAUGCCAGUCCAAUGCCAUCUAAACCAAGGCCUUGCCCAGAGAUUUCUGCCAACAUUCCUUAAACAGAGUUUUCCAAUAAUUCCACUGUGGAUCAUUUGCUUUCAAAGCUUGUGCUUUGUCACUGAGCUAUGAUCCAACCAUAGCAAUAGAACCUACCCUUUCCCAAUUGAGACAAAUCUAGAUUACUUAUAUGUGCAAAAACGGUUCUUCCAGAGCAGUAUAAUCAGCCCUCCACAUUUGCAAGUUUGACCUUUGUGGAUUUUAUUAUUCUGGGAUUUGAUUUAAUUUUUUUCACUAGAAAUCUCUAUGUCCUUCAGAGUGGCUCCAUGGCCAACUUCCAUCAGAACUACUCUUCUGAGAGAACCAGUAGAAUUAUGUUUCAUAGUGCUGGGCUUGAAACUGCAGCAUACAGUACAUUAAAAUUCUUAUUUGGUCAUGGAUUCACUGGGAAUAAAUUUUAAAGGUGGCUGGUUUUUGGAGGAGUAAAAAAGUGACAAUUUUGGAAGAGUGAGGAGCAAAGGGGAUGAGCUUGAGUAGAAAAACGUGGAUGGGGGCAUUGCAUUUACUGGGAAAAGGUGGCAGGAUUUUCUUGAGUGUAAGAAGGUGAUGAUUUUGGUUGGCUUAAAGAUACUCCCACGUGAGGUUAUCUCACUGAAAGUACCUCUUUUGCCCAACUAUUGUAUGUUUCACCUGCCAGCAUUCCAACCACUUGUUCCUUGGCUUUGCCCACCACCAUUGGCAGGUGUGUGUGUGUGUGUGUGUGUGUGUGUGUGUGUCAGAAGCGACUUGAGAAACUGCAAGUUGCUUCUGGUGUGAGAGAACUGGCUGUCUGCAAGGAUAUUGCCCAGGUGACGCCUAGAUGUUUGUUGUUUUUCCCAUCCUUGUGGGAUGCUUCUUUCAUGUACCCGCAUGGGAGCUGGAGCUGACAGAGGGAGCUCAUCCAUGUUCUUCUGGAUUCGAACUGGCAACCUUCAGGCCAGCAACCCAACCUUCAAAUCAGCAGUCCUGCCGGCACAAGGGUUUAACCCAUUGCGCCACCGGGGACUCCACCAUUGGUAUGUAACACCACUGUUUCCAUCUUAGGCAUGUGGUGCAGCAGUUCCAAAAAAGAAGCAUGACUUCAUUUUAAUUUCAGCCAAAUACUUUUUUUAAAAGGUGGUGAUUGUACAGUUCAGCUCAAUUGAUAGUUUUGUCAGAGAGUCAUUUAUACAAAUAUGAUUGACUCUAACACAAACCACAACUGAACUGUUAGUUCUCCUUAUAACAAUUUUCUGUCUCUGCAGUAGUGACUGCUGCUCAUCUGCAGAAAGGGCAUUUUUGGUCUGUUGACUCUUAGUUGUUGACUCCAAUUUUAUAACAUUUAAGGCUCCAUAAUAAGAAAUGAUUGAACCCAUGGAUGAAAUUAAGGGCAACUUCGGAGGAGAGGAAAUGAAGUUCAAGCUAUUUGCCACACCGCUAGCUAAGUUAAUGGAAGCACAGAAAAGGGCAGAAAGGUUUGCUGAAGAAAAAGAGGCACAUAAUGCCUGCAAAGAACUAAUUCAAUGUAUUGCUCUCACUCGAAUUAUCUAUGGAAAUGGGCACUGGCGGCUGGGGCAAGCAUUUGCCAACCUUGCUCAUGGUUAUCUUGUGCUCCAAGGUCUUCCUAUUCAAGCUAUGAAACAUGCAAACGCAGCCAAAUAUACUAUUUUCAUGGAGAAGAGAGCUCCUCCAACUUCUAGAGAGGAAAGAGGAGAAAUCCUGAGCACUCUUGUCACCAUCUACUAUACUUUGGGUGAAGCAAACCUGAUGCAGAAAAAUGGGAAAAAAUCCUACUGCAAUCUGAAGAAGGCAGAACAGGUUAUGGAAGAAUUACAAGGACCAGAUUGGACAGAGACUGUUAAACUUAAAGUAUCUGAGAGAGAUCUUAUGAUGGCAUUGGGCAGGGCAAGUUUACAGCGUAACAACUUAGAAUUGGCUGCUAGGUACUUUGAGAGGACAAUUGAAACUAGAAUAUCAGCUGGAGGAGAGAUGUCUCCAGAACUGAUAGAUAUUUAUCAGGAAAUGGCUAAAGUCAAACAAAUACAGAAAAACCACGAAGAAGCCAUAAUGUACUUAUUAAAGGCCUAUUCAGUUUCAACAGCUAUGAACAACAAAUUCAGCACACAAGUGGCAUCAGUAGCUUUGUUACUGGCUAAGGCUUAUGCUGCAACAGGAGAAGAAAAAUAUUUUGAAGCUGCUGAAAAGUAUUUCACUGAGGGCCUCAUGGCUUACAAAGAGGCACUUGGCACAGACCAUUCUGAGACAAUUCAUGUUGUGGAAGACUACAGCAAAUGGCUGGCACGAACAGGGAAAAGAAAGCUAGCCUACAACGUACUCAAAGAGUCGUUUAUAUCUCAGAAAGAUCCCUGCAGUGAUUUUAAUGAAAAUGCCACUGAGAGAUUGUACACUAUGGGAUGCAUCUGUUUGGCAGAGGAGAAAAUAAGAGAAGCUUAUCUUCUGCUUAGUAAGUGUGCGCAGAUUCAGGUUGCUAUUUAUGGCUCCCAUCAUAGGAAAACUAAAAAGAUACAAGAGCUACUGGACAGAUUGGUGAUGGUCUCCACUGUACAUGAAGUGCCUACAUGUCCAAAGCAGAAGAGAAAGGGGACACUAAAUUUCUCAUUCCCAGAUUUCUAAGAUAUUGGCAACCACUGGACCCCAGGAAAGAUAUUCCAAAUAACAAAAGAAAACAUAUAUUAUCCUUUAUAUAUAUUUAGUCAACUGUGCAAUUUCAGUAAUUAAUUCUAUUGGACUUCUGUUAUACAGUUAGCAAGAUGCCCAUCAAAGAGUAGAGAUGUUUUAACACGAACAGCAUGGCACAGCUUGUCACUGAGAAUCUGCAGGGUUCAGCCAUUUAAACAGGUUUGGAGAAAAAAGGAAUUGUACUGAUAACUGGCUGCUGCUUAUCAUAGGGAACUUUAUCUGUGCUCUGGAAGCUUAGUGCUUUUCCAAAUGGCUGUAGCAUUCAGAAGUUCGUGUCCUAGGAAAAGUUACACAUUCCCCAGACACAAUCUAUUUGCCUCCAAUAAGUGACUCCCCAAGAAUGCUGCUGGACUAUCCAUUCUUUUUACUAUCUCCUGAACUGUAAAGACAUUGUAGUAUUACUUUGACUUAACAUUGAUUAUUGGUUCCAGCUAAAGGACACCCUCGCCUCCAAAACAAUGAGAUUUAUAGAAAAUUCAAUGAAUCUUGGAUUGGCAAUUAGAUAUAAGGUUAUAUUUGAGCAAUGGUGUACAGUUGUACGUGAGGUAGUGAUUAAAUAACCAGGAAUAAGCUGCAUUUCAAUAUCAUGCCUAUUGUAUCAAAUGAAGUGUUCGAAAGGUUAUUUCAUCUUUCUACUACCAAGGAACCCAAAUUAGUUUCAGAUGUUGCUUCUACAAUUCAAGAGAGGCUUGAAUCUUGUUCUCUCUCUUAUUGUUCUGCAUACCUACCAACAUGAGUCUUCUUGCAUUCAGAACUGAAUGUUCUAGAUAGCUUUUAACAGAGGAAGAAAAUAACAAAUGAAAUGAAUCUCCCAGCUAUAUUUCUUGCUCAGUAAUGUCCUCAUCUGGGCAACAGUAAUACUCCACAAAGCAGAUCUGUCCAUCUUCAUUCCUGAUCAUGUAUUGUAAUGAGAGAAAGCCGCGGUUAUCUGUCCGAAUCGACACUUUGCAUGACAAAGCUAAUGCUUUAAUAGAUGGCUUGAGCAAUGCGAUCUUGUAUCUGUAAAAAAGCAAAUGUGUCUCAUCAAUAACAGCAAUUAACAGCUUAUUGAUCAAGGCUGGUCUCAAAGUGACAAAAAUCUAUCUACCAAAAGAGAAUUAUGAGAAAUACUGUCUGGAUUCCCAUGUUUUACCUUCAAGUGGCUCAUCAACAAAAUGUAUUGUAUCCAGAGAAACACAACAGGAGGCAAACUAUUAGUAACAUUCUACAUUUGGCCUAUGUGUGUAGAGACUGAAAUAUAAGUGUCACUCCUGUGUGUAUGUAUUGUUUUGUCCUCAUGGUGCAGAAGCUAUUCUCUUGCCCUUUACACUCCAUCAAACCUCACCAGUAAAAAGGCUGCUUACUGAUGAGGAGGGAUUGAGUAUACAAUUCAGACUAGGAAGAUACAGCUGCUCUAGAUUACUAGAAGAGAAAAGGAGGGCAUACUCCAUCUGUUAGUACACAGUUGUGUGCAUCUGUUAGUACACAGUUGUGUGCAUCCUCCAGCUGCUUCUUCAUUUUCUGAAUAUUCCUACUCUUUCCAAACAAGCCCAGUAAGCAACAGGAGGAAUGUGUCUCUUGUGGUUUGACAGUGGCACUGGAGUAUGUGAACAGAUAUACACAGUUUCUGGCCAUCCAGGCAACCUAGCUCCUCAGGGUAUUAAGGUUACCCAACCCUGCUAUAAAUGAUAAAACAGCCUUGAAUCAAUAAUAUAGGUCAGCUUUUCAGAAAGCAAGUUAAUUAGAUAAUGCAAAACAGCCAAUAAUGUUAAAUACUUGUCAGAAUUCAGAUUGUAAGAGCAGUACUGUAAAAUAAAUGGUAUGGCCAUGGAAGCUUGUGAACUGUUCUGGCUCACCUGUUUGUCUGGGUCUGGUUACAGUGAAAAGCUUCAAUCAGGUCAGAAUCUUUGGGGUAAUCUAGGUAUGCGCUUCCAGCAUUUCCAAAUGUGGAUAAUCUUGAAAAAAGAAGAUAUUGUGCAUGCAAAAAUUGUUUCAUACAAUAACGGUCCAAAACAAAAACUGAAUCAAUAAAUAUACAAUGUUUGAAAAAUUAACUAUUUACUAAUUCACUACAAGCACGUAGGAGGCUCCCCUCCUACGUGCUUGUAGUGAAUUAGUAAAUAGUUAAGUGCUGUAAAUUGUUUCCACAUUAUAGAAUCAGAAUCAAAGAAUUCAAAGAGACCUGUGGGCCAUUCAGUCCAACCACCUGCCAAGAAGCAGGAAAAUUGCAGUCAAAGCACCCCCAAUAGAUGGCCAUCCAGUCUCUGUUUAAAAGCCUCCAAAGAAGGCGCCUCCACCACAGUCUGAAGCAGAGAGUUCCACUGUUGAACAGCUCUCACAUUUAGGAAGUUCUUCCUAAUGUUCAGGUGGAAUCUCCUUUCCUGUAGUUUGAAUUAGUUCUAGAUGCUUGAAUGUUAUUAUUUUGUUGUUCAUUAUCAAAGUGCCUGAAAGUUUGUGGAUACCUGUUGUUACAACUGUGUGUUAGGCUCAUACAAAAAGAUUUUUGAGCCUAAAUACAGUUAGAAUGAAUUUCAACAACCUAACUGGGGUUUUAGCCCCCAAACCUGCUCUCAACUUAUACAGGAGAUAAACUUAUACAUGACUAUAUAUAGGAAACCAUAUAGACUCAAUGGAAUUUACUUCAUAUGUGCAAGAUUAAUUUCUCUCAUAAUUACCAGGUAUCAAUCAGGUACAUUUUUUUGAAGAGCAUAAGGCUAAUCACUGGCUGUGGCCCACUCUGAAGUUUACUAUAUUUUUGCUAGAACUGAGUAUUGUGUUCUAAAUCAUGAUCACUGAGUUGUGAGUUAUAACUACCGUACAGUACCUGAAAUAAGGCUUGUUUGGAGACAUUGUAAUCUGUAGGACCUCGCUGGUCAUGUCCAGUUCAGAAAAUGCCUCUCGCAGCCCCUCAGACAGCAGGAUAAUUUUGUUUACAACAUUUGUGCUGCAGAAAUCAAAAUCAAGAAUCUCUUCGGGUUCCUGGGUGUUGAUUUUGCACACGGUUACCACACCCCCUUCUUCUAGGAAAAGCGUCAGAGGAUAGCCAUAACCCCGAUAACACAUCCGAAGGGCUGUCUGAGUUCCUAAAAUGAAGAAAAUAACUCUCACUUACAAAGAAGGAAACACCUGUGAUUUUGUAAUUUUAGCUGUGCACAUAGACAUCACUGAAUAAAUUUAUUUCUGAACAAACAUGAAUGUUAUUGUGGUGUAAAACAGUAAGAACAGUUUGGGCAAGAAUACCUAGAGGACUAUCUCCCCUCAUAUGAACAUGUAUAGAACCUAAGAUCUUUAGCAUAAGCAGAUGGCUACAUAAAGCACGAUUUCUAUAUAGGAACAACACUUUAUUUAUUUAUUUAUUUAUGUACCAUACUUGUAUCCCAUCUUUCUCAACCCUGAAGGGGACUCAAGGCGGCCUUACAAAGGCAACAAUUCAAUACUGCAUGUAUACAUACAUCAAUCAAUCAAACCCAGAACCUUAAUUAGUGGCUGAUGCUGGAUGAGAGACUCCCUCCUGGGCACACAGAAGACUGGACAACUUGGAAGGCGCUGAACAGACUGUGCUCUGGCACCAUGAGAUGCAGAUUGAACCUUAAGAAAUGGCGCUACAAAGUGGAGUCCACAACAUGUGACUGUGGAGAAGAGCAAACCACAGACCACCUACUGCAAUGCAGCCUGAGCCCUGCUACAUGCACAAUGGAGGACCUUCUAACAGCAACACCAGAGGCACUCCAAGUGGCCAGCUACUGGGCAAAAGACAUUUAGUAUUAAUGCCAAUUUUUUU